AAAGUAAGAGCAAAAACCGAGAUGUCCGCUGAGAGCCUGUCACGUUGUCAGACAGUGGUGCCACCCCCAAUAACAACAACUAGACUAUACUAGAACAGGUUUAUCGAUCUCCAGAUCUAUCCCCCCGUUGCUCAGCUGAACCAAUCAAUCUACCCUCCAAUCAAUAUCUUACUCUGUAUAGAACGAUCAAUUGUAUUGAAUUUUAAAUAGCUUUUGUGUUUUUUCCUUCCUCAGGUCCAUAGGACUCAGUGGGUAGUCUGGUCUGAACACACCCUUCACCAAAAAUACCUCCUAAGUAGAAAGGAGAAGGAGAAAAAAAAUGUAAGCGUGUUCGUUCCCUAUAACAUAGCCGCACUGUCUGAAAUGGCCUCAGGCUUCCAAGGCCGGAUGCCCGGUGACGCUGUAGAAAAUGCACCCCUCAUAAAAGACCGUACAAACGACGCUGCUUACCGAGGAGGGAAGGAUUUACAAGCAGCCGGUGUUGCGUCCGUUUUGUCCUACCCUGACGGAAGGUCCCGAAGCGAGUCCAUUUGUACGGAGUGCUUGCGGAAACAGAAGGGAGAUGAAGAAGAAGAUGAUGAUGAUGAUGAUGAUGAAGAUGAUGGAGAUGAUAAUGAAGGAGGUGAUGAGGAGUUCGAGCGUGAAGACGUUUUGAUUAACGAUCAGGUACUGCUGGAUGGAGAGACAGAUGAGGAGGAAGAAGAGGAGACGAUCGUCCCAGAUGGAGGAUGGGGUUGGGUUGUGUGUCUAGGGUCGUUCGUGGUGAACUUUGUCCUGGACGGCACCCUGUUCUCCUUUGGUGUUCUCCUCCUGUACCUGUUGGAUGACUUUGGCGAGGACAAGGCUACUACAGCAUGGGUGGGCAGUGCUCAGAUGGGCGUGCACAUGUGUAUGGGUGUGGGUACGUUCGCCUACGCCUACAUCACAGAUAUCCUGCUGGAGUCGUACGGCUGGCGAGGCACGGUGCUCAUCCUGGCUGGUCUGCUGCUCCACUGUGCUGUCUGUGGCAUGCUCUUCAGACCCCUGCUCACUGUCCGCUACAAACGGCCUAAGAGUCUCUCAGCCUCCAGAACAGAUGUCCAGCCCUCUACCUCCCCGCCAGAAACCAGCUCCAAGGAUGAUGACCACAGUGCGUCCAGCGGUUACUCCAGUCAAAACCCAACGGAGGAACUCUCCAAACCAGAAGACGUGGCAGGAAACCGCGACGCCGAGCGGGAAAUUAACGCCAACGAUGGCGGGGGCGGUGGGGAUGGUGAGGAAGUCGACAAGUCCUCUCGUUGUUUUCAUGAGCAAGAUUCAGCGCUAAGUACGUCGAAGUCCGCUUUAUCAGAAAUCCGACAUUCUGAGAACGAAGAUUCUUCAACGCCUAAAUCACAGGUCGGAAAUGAAGAAAGCAAAGGGGGGUGCUGUGAGAAAUAUGAUGUAGAUAAUAACACAAUAGGCGUCGGCAAUAAUAAUGAUCACUUUCCGGAUGUACCCACCCCACACUCGCAUGGAGUUUCUAUAUCCCGCUCUGACCACUGUGAUUGUGAGAGAGCGAGGUCGAGUUCUGUGAGAGUCGGAGAGACCUCGGAUUGUGUGGGUGGGAGGACAGACGCCGAUGGGGGCGGUGGAAACACGCAGAUGAGGCAUCUACCCGUGCCUACAUUAAUGAUCUCAGAAGCGCCGUGCAGUUCGAACAACAACGGCAGCAGUGCUCACCUACCUCAGAGACAGCCUGAAAACGGCGUAAAUGUCAACCCGGGUAAACAUCUACGUCGCUGCCCGUGCUGCUCGGCCGUACGGCGCGGGAGCUACUCGCAUGCGCAUGGCAGCAGAGACGGUAUAUCGCCGAAUGAGAAACAUCUCCAGAAAUUUAUUGCUCAGAAUCGUGAAGACGUCAAGUCUUUGUCGUCAUCCAACAAGAAGCUCAUCCUUCCAUGGUUUUACAAAGACGUUGAACCCACUGACGGGGUAGGUGGUGGUAGUACCAGUGGUGGUGGGGGUAGUGGUUGUGGUGGUUUAAUGAGUUUCAAAUUAAAACCACUCGGGCGUCUGUAUAAGAGUGUUGACCACAUCCACCACGUGGCCGAGAAAGGGGGCGGGGGCGAGAAGUACAUACGUCAUCACGAAAUCUCCGCCCCUCUUACCACGCCCAGGCUUCUAUCCAGCGAGUAUAAGCUCAACGACUUCACCGACAGUAGAGCGAUGUCUUUGUUCGGCUUGAAGAACCCCCACGACCCAGGGUCUGAGUUCCCCAACAGGGGAGGAGGUCACACAGGAAGCAGGAACGAAGUCGUCCAAACCCAGAUGUACAAAGGUCUGAUCAAGCCAAUCUUGAGGAAAGAUAUUUACUACAGCGGUAGCGUCAACCACCUUCCUGCCUACCAGCACUUCGGCGGAAGUUUGACGACUUUCAUGGCGGCUAUGACGCGCUCCAGCAGCGCAGAGGACAAUGACGUCAUCGCUAUGGCGGAGAAGGACGAGGCGUGCAGCGGAGAAGGGAGUCGAUGCUGUACAAAGCUCAAGCGUAUCCUUCCUAUGAAGCUACUGGGGAACUAUCAGUUCCUUCUCUUGUUGAUCACGUUCACAAUGUGGACAGCCCAGUCCGUGUCCUUGACCUACUUACCUGACCUUGCGGUAUCCUUGAACAUCGGACGCUCGGAUGCGGCCUUCCUCAUCUCCAUUGUGGGGAUCGCCAACGUGCUGGGGAGACUUCUGGCGGGUUUCAUCACGGACUGCUUCCGCCUGCCCAGCAUCUGGCUGUACGUAGUCGCUCUGCUCAUGGCCGCUGUGACGAACCUGGCCUUCCCCUUCUGCAACAGCUACAUCUUCCUCCAGAUCAGCUGCGCCGUCUUUGGUCUCUGCAUGGGUAAACUCAUCGAUGACUUCAGCUCUUUCAAGCCACCCUUUAUAAUGGCGGCCACCAUGUACGCUAUCUCAGCCCUCUGCUCCAUUCUGGUUGGCUGCUCCUCCCAAGCCGCUGCCAGGCGCAGGCGCAGAGACAUAGCUACUAUUGAGCUAGAAGUGACAGCAGACGAAGAAGAUGGCAGUUGUUAUCAGGACUCAGAAGUGGUCGCAGUUAUCAAGACGACGUUACCGACUUCUGCUUGAUGUUUGAGAGUAAAUCACUAUUAUGUAUGACUUAGUUUAGAUCCCCGGUGGGAUUUUUGUGCAAAUCUCAAAUCUCUCCGUUCCGUCUCUCUCUCUCUCUCUCUCUCUCUCUCUCUCUCUCUCUCUCUCUC